AUGCGUGACAUGCCGUCCCGAUUCAUUGAGAUUCUUGACCCCAGCGAUGGCUACCCUCGCAUCUCCGACUCUGACGGCUCCUCGAAAGCCAGCAUGGACAAGGAUCGCAUAGAGCGGGAUAACCUGUCCUCGCCGGGGCAACGGUGGAAGCGGCUCAGCAACAUCCUUGUCCCCAAUCGACGUGCCUCCACCUGAGAGGACACGCGCCUUUCCGUAUACAAUCCUAUCUACGAUAUUUGAUCUUUAGCGACGACAACUACGAUGACGAGCGGUCCCGGAGAUCCUCCGUCCAACGCAAACUAUCCCCACUCACCUACCUUCCUUACGGUCUCCACCAUGCUACUACAACUUUCACUGUGCUUAUAACAUCAUGACAAAAGAACUCAUCACGCGACGAAUCCUUUUUACGAGAAAACGAAACGACCCAUUGCCACUCCUGAUUCUCGAGUUUUACAUUUUCGGAGUUUGGACUCUAGACUUGGAGUAGAUGUCACUACAAUUACUUUGUCAUUUUUUUCAAAGGACGGGACUCUGAUUUUGGGUUUCAAAUUUAGCGCAGGAGUAGGCAGACACAAUUUUCUUUUAUCUCUUUGGGUACUGGAUAUUACUACAUUUCACAAGAUGAUUGGAGAGACAAUGUGAAGCAUGGAUAAAACGAAUAUACAUAAAAACCUGGAAUUCAGUUGAGAC